GAGGUUUCGACCAAUAGAGAAGGUGGAGGGCGAAGGAGAAAUAGAAAGAGAAAAGAGGUCGGCGCCGGCGGCCGUUCGAUUUUCUUCUCAAGCCGAGAGCUCAAGCUCUAGCCGAAGUCAGCUCAUCAUCUCCAACAAGAGACGCAGCAGCAGCAGAAGCGGGAGAGGUGACCGAAGAUCUUGAAGACUCGUUUUUGCAACUGUGGAACUCCUACAUCUACUCUUUGUCCACCGAUCAACGAUAAUUACACAAUGUUGUCCCGCUUCAUCACUAAAUCUUCUAGCUUCCGGAUCCUAACUCUAUUAUCUUCAAACAAUCACAUCUUACAGCUUCAACCCCAUCUUCGUCUCCAUACACCCUAUCAACCGAGUCAGAAUACCUUUUGCAAGUUCAGUCUCGUCCAAUCGCACUUCUUCUCGAGCAAACGAAAUAAUGGCGAUGAACCAAGGGAUCAGAAUCGAAACAAUGUUGAUCAAACAACUACAACUUCAGACCUGUGGAAUCUUUCGACUGAUGACAAGGAUGCAGGAUCUGUCUUUGACGAAGAUACAGGGGAUCUUGAUAAUGCCGGAUUUUCGACCCAAAAAGAGGAAUCUUGGCUUGAAGCUUCGGAAGAUGAGGCUGAUAAAGAGGCCGACAUUUUCAAGAGUCCUGAGGUGGUUGUAGGGGAUAGAAAUGUUAACCGGCAUGUAGGUGAGGACUGGUUAACUGCCGAUGGAUCUGAUCCUUGGAUGUUGGGGGAGGAAGAGAAGGCUGAAGAUUUGUUUGAUAUUGGAGAUGAACCAGCUGAACCGAGCAGUAUUGGUGGUGAUGAUAGAGAUGAGCUAGCGAAAAUUGAAGUUAAUAAACAGCUUCAAGAGGAAGAGAAGAUCCUCACUGAAGUGCUUAAAGGACCGGAUCGUGCAUUUGGGGACCUAAUUGAAGCAUCCGGUAUCACAGAUGCUAUGAUAGACAGCUUGAUAGCUUUGAAGGAUAUGGGGGACAUUGAAGGUUUGCCACCUCUUCAUGUAAUAGAAGAUAUGCGUUAUGAAAAGAACACAAGAAAAUCUGCAAGAGCAGACAUAGAGCGCCAAAAACAGGAAGAUAUUGCAAAGGCAAGAGUUAGAGUUGUAGAUGAAAAAGGAAGAGCAUAUGGGACAGGGAAACGAAAAUGCAGUAUAGCUCGUGUUUGGAUUGAACCGGGUGAUGGGAAAUUUUGUGUUAAUGACAAGGAGUUUGAUGUCUAUUUCCCUAUGAUUGAUCAUCGUGCUGCUCUGCUUCGACCUUUCUCCGAAACAAAGACACUUGGGAACUGGAAUGUUAAGUGUACUGUAAAGGGAGGUGGAGUAUCAGGUCAAGUUGGGGCAAUCCAACUGGGAAUCAGUCGAGCUUUGCAAAACUGGGAACCAGAACUGCGUCCCCCACUUAGAGCAUGUGGUUUCUUGACGAGGGACUCGAGAGUGGUAGAAAGGAAAAAGCCAGGCAAGGCAAAAGCCAGGAAGAGCUUCCAAUGGGUUAAACGUUGAUUUAUUUAUUAUCAUGAAUCCAUUCCAAUCCAAUCUAAUGCAGCAGUAGCUACAGAUUCCAUUUUGUUAUUCAGGAAAAGCCAAAUUUAUGUUUGAAUAAAUAUCUGUAUGAGAUGAUUACUGAUCAUUGUUCUUGCAAAUUUUGGGAAUCCUGACUCAACCUUUUGGUGUUAUGUUGUUGAGCCUCAUCAUUUUAUCUUUACAAAUUCUUUUGAAUGUAGACAGACCAAGGUCUCUAACUCUUGUCACUUAUUUGAAAACACUUAUUACUUGUUUUUUUUU